AGAGGAGUCCAGCAGUUACCUUUAUCAGAAGCCAUGCAGGGUGCUGUGGUGGUGCUACUGCUUCUGAGCUGCGGCACCAUCCAGCAGAUGAUCUUUGUCUUAGGAGAUCCUGUAGCAGCAGAGCAGCACUGUCAAGAUCACAGCAGCACCUGCUCGGCUCUCACAAACACACAGGAUGUUGCAGCUAUAGAUGAGGUGACCACUCAGCCUGAGAUCACAGUAUCAGCCAGACCAGAAAAUCCCACGCAUGACACGACUCUACAGACUGCUCCCACUGAGCUGACAUCCAGACUGGAUCCAGUGAGCAGCACGUCCCCUCUGAAGUCACAUCCUGAUCCAGAGGAUGCAGACACCAAAGCUGUAGUGAACACUGACACUGACACUCUGACUGUUGCCUCAACCAACAAAGAAAAGGUCAAACCAACAGCUGCGAGUGAGGAAGAAAAUCAAGGUGGAGACACUGAGCCACAGCUUCCAUCUCUGACUGGAAAUGAACAGCUUUCUACUGUACAGCCUGACAUAUUAGAGACAGUGAAGGAGCCAUGGAGCACAGAAGGAAGUAUCACACCCUGGACUCCUUUUGUCCACACACUUCAAACCACUCAGUACAAGGAACAAGUUCAUCCACCAACUCUUGCGGCAAAGGAGAGCUCCUGGACAAGUGAUGCAUCUGUCUUGGAAAGUGUUGCAACAGCCACUUCAGGCCUCAAUGUUCAUCUUGAAACCCCCACAGCUCCAAGUGUUUUAUCAAGAGAUACAGACACCGCAAGUACACAGGCAUCUUUCUCUAAUGGGCCACAGUUUGCUACGAGGUCUACUCUUAUCUCAGGCCCCAUCACAGAACCAGGGUUUGUCACUUCCAGCGUGUACCCUUCGAUUGAAGGGGUGACAAAGGCAUUGCCACUAGUCAUUACACCUCCAGCUUCAGUAGACCCACCUGCUAAACUCUUAAGACAGACAAAAGAAAAUGUAACUGAGGACUUUGCUGCACCUGAGAAAGAUCCAACCCAAAACCUGACUGUUGCAACUCCCACAUUACAAAGCGCAGAAGAACUAAGUACCAAGAAAAUGGAGGAUGAGAUUGUUAAUGUUUCAGCCAGUGAGAUAAAAGAAAAAGAAGAAAUGGAUGACAGCUUGCAAACUGUUUCACCCAGAACAGAAACACCACCACAACAACGACUUCCAGGUGGAGUGCAGGAGAGUGGGAUAGAGACUGAUGAAGAUGAGAUGGAUUUAGAGGAGGAGGAAGUGCACAGCCAUGCAGAGAUGGAGAAAGAAAGUUAUGAUGAUGACACUGACAUUUCUGAGGAUUAUAAUCAUUCCUCACCUGAUCGGAUCUCACAUGUUGGCACUGAAGACUCCUCCAUCCAAUUAGAGACUGUACCUCCACUGCAGACUGUUAAAGCAGCCAAUCAGCCGCCUGUAUACACAGUCAGACAUCACGGGGCAGGAUUACGACCUGGGAUCAGGGGGUUGCAGGGUCCACCUGGGCUGACAGGACUACCAGGACCUAAAGGAGACAAAGGUUAUCAAGGCGUUAUGGGUAGGACCGGACGGACAGGAUACAGAGGCCCUGUGGGUCCGCCUGGGAUGCCUGCCAUUGUUGUAUUUAAAACCUCUGAAGAAGAGUGGGAGGUGUUCAAGAAACUUAGGGGGCCUCAGGGGCCUCCUGGACCUCUUGGAGAUGACGGACCACUUGGGCCACCUGGAAUACCUGGGAAGCAAGGACGAAAAGGAGUUCAAGGGAAAAUCGGCAAACCUGGACCACAGGGUCUGCCAGGCCCCCAAGGCCGACCUGGGAGAGAUGGGACCCCAGGAAAGGACAGUGAUCCAGGCCCUCCAGGCUUACCUGGAGAACAGGGUCCCCAAGGCUACAGAGGAGAGAAGGGCAGCAAAGGGGAGCUGGGUGAGUGGGGUUAUGAUGGGGAGGCUGGACCGCAGGGAGACAGAGGACAAAAAGGAGAUAAGGGACUGCCUGGAGCCAGGGGUCCUUCUGGUUUUCCUGGACCAUCAGGACCUCUGGGAGAGAUUGGAGCUCAAGGCUUCAGUGGACCACCAGGCCCACCCGGCAAAAUGGGCCCCAGCGGAGUAAAAGGUGUCUCAGGAGUUAAAGGACCUCCGGGAGAGCCUGGUCCUGAUGGAGUGGCUGGGUUUCCUGGUGUCCGUGGACCUCAGGGAAGGCCAGGACCAGAUGGACCUCCAGGUCCUAAAGGAGACCCUGGAGAUCCAGGAGAUGAAGGGGACAUAGGGGAACCUGGACCACCUGGACUAAAUGGAGCCAAUGGGAAUCCAGGAAAGCCUGGACCCUCAGGUGAUCCAGGACUUCCAGGGCCUCCAGGUAAACAAGGGUUAAAGGGGCAUCGAGGCCCUUUGGGACUUGAGGGACUUGGAGGACCAACAGGGCCACCAGGACCUCCUGGACCCAGUGGUUUUGAUGGUAUCAUGGGGGAGCAAGGGAAGCAGGGAAAAGAUGGACCGAAGGGAGAUCGAGGACCAAAUGGUAUUCAAGGAGUUCCUGGCCCUCGGGGCGGCAAGGGAAUGCCUGGAGUCAUCGGAGUGACGGGACCUAAAGGCCUGAAGGUGAAGGAGACUGUCAAGGUAAGAGAGGUGAAGAGGGACCAAGGGGGAAACAAGGCCGCCCAGGUGAGAUGGGCAUGCCUGGACCACAGGGAUACAGAGGAUCUCCUGGUAUCCAGGGUAACAUUGGACCAUGGGGUGAGGUUGGGCCCCGUGGCCUUCCAGGUAACCAGGGGCCACAAGGUCCAGUUGGCCCACUUGGAGUUCCAGGUUACCCAGGUAAAGAUGGACCUCAAGGACCACCCGGAUCAGCUGGUGUCAAAGGAGAUAAGGGAUCCAGAGGAACUGUUGGGCAGGAGGGAGUUGCUGGUCUCGAUGGGUCCACCUGGACUGAAGGGACCUGAGGGGCCAGCUGGACAGAAAGGCAUUUUUGGUGAAAAGGGAAGCACUGGGCCUCCUGGACAGAAAGGGCCAAAAGGAGCUGAGGGCAACAGAGGCAACAAAGGGCCACAGGGUGCAAAGGGCCCACCGGGGAAACAGGGAUACAGGGGUUCACCAGGAGACAGAGGAAAACAAGGAGUUACAGGGCUCAAGGGUGAGCCAGGCACCAAAGGUCCAUCAGGCAUGUCUGGACCGUUUGGACCAGGGGGCAACACUGGGGCAGCAGGGGCGAAAGGCCAGAAGGGGCUGCGGGGACACACUGGCCCUCCUGGCAGAAUAGGUCCACCUGGACAAAUUGGACCAUCGACACCAGGUUUGCCAGGCAAGAGAGGUGCUGAGGGAAAAACUGGAAAGCCUGGACCAAAGGUGGCAGUCAGGGUGAGGCUGGCAAGCCCGGUCUUCAAGGCAUCAAAGGACCCAUGGGCAUUAGAGGUCAAAGUGGUGCAAGAAGAGAACCUGGGAACAGAGGCGCAACGGGGACAGCGGGGAAGCUCGGGUUCAUCGGCACUUUGGGUGCUAAAGGUCGACCUGGGCCUGCUGGUCCUCCCGGUCUUCCAGGCACUAAAGGAAUUCGGGGGGCAAAGGGAGCUGAAGGCCCACUGGGUCGACCAGGACCUGCUGGAAGACCUGGAAAACCCGCAAGGCCUCAGCGGUUUGGAUGGGUUACUAGGGGUUGAGGGUAAUGAAGGAGAUCCGGGUGAUAUUGGUUUCAGAGGAGCUCCUGGAAAACCUGGCAGGGCUGGCAAAAUGGGAAAACAUGGACCUCCUGGGAUCAGUGGAAACAUUGGAGCACCAGGGUUCAAGGGUAAAGCUGGAACAAAAGGAAAACAAGGACCACCUGGGCCAGUGGGACCAAAGGGUAUUCCAGGACUGAGAGGACGGAAGGGCGAGUCUGCCAUUACUGGGCUUAAGGGUCUCCCAGGUGAUAUGGGAAUACUGGGACCAAUCGGACCACCUGGGUUAAAGGGGAAUCCUGGUUUGCAGGGGCUCAAAGGUCGAAGAGGUCAUAAAGGAAAGCAGGGAGCUACUGGUCCUCGGGGUCCACAUGGGCAAAAAGGCUCUCCUGGACUCGCUGGCCAGCGUGGAACUGAGGGAAUGAAAGGUGUCCGAGGGAGGAGAGGACCAAAGGGAGUGAAGGGCAAGCGUGGACCUCCAGGAAAACCAGGUGCACCAGGCAAGCGCAAGCCAACUCAAAGGCGAGGAUCAAAAAACAAGCCAAAACCAGGUCAAAGAAAUGAGCUGAGGCCCAAAACAAAACCCAGUCCAAGAUCGAAACUGAAAAAUGUGCCAAGACCCAGACAAAGACCCGGCCUCCUAAAGCGACAAGGAGGACAACAAAAACGGCCCAGGUCGAUGUCCAAGAGAUGGUCUGAAGUAGAUGAGUUGGAGGAAUCCUUCAGCUGGCCUCAGGGAACCAAAGAUGACCCUGCCACCACCUGCUAUGAACUGGGACUCAUAUACCCACAUCUGAAUGAUGGUUACUUUUACAUGGACCCCAAUCAAGGCUGUCCAUAUGAUGCUGUGAGGGUAUUCUGUAACUUCACAGCAGGAGGAACAACCUGCAUUGACCCUGUGCAGUCUCAGAUUAAGUUAAGUUGGGAACCAGAAAAGAAGAAAUCAAAAGUGUCCGUCCAGUGGUUCAGCCAGCAGCACGGUGGAAACAAGUUUGAGUACACUGGCGUGGAUGUUGUCCAGCUGAGGUUUCUGCGGUUACACAGCCACACAUCUUUCCAGCACAUGACUGUCAGCUGUACGGCGAACCACUCCACUGUCACUGGCACAGCUAAUACAGCCAAUAGGAUUAUUCACUUCCUGGGAGACUCUGGCAAAGAAAUCAUUUCACACCUUACCACAGUGUCCAGGAAAGGCUGUGAGGUGGAGGUGGUUGUGAUGGUUCGGGGGAGCACAGAGCUACAUCGAGGUGAUAUGGAGUUACUUCCUGUCAGGGAUCUGGGCGUAGAGACGACGUUGUUAACUCUCCUUGUUCCUGAGAUCACUGUUGUUUUGGGACUCCUCUGCUUCUUGUGACCUAUGAGGAGUGUGUGUGUGUGUGUGUGUGUGUGUGUGUGAGAGAGAGAAAGUGACUGUGUCUGUGCAUGAUGAAUCAUAAAUGUAAAUAUCUCUUUAUAUAGAAAGCAGGGAUAUAUGAUGUUUUGUUUGGAUUAUUUGCUCAAUGCUGUUUUGUUUUUGUUUGCUUUUUUGUUGUGUAUUUAUUGAAUUGUCAUAAGCUGGACUAAUAGAUUUUAUUAUGUUAAGCAUUAUUUACAUUGUUAUUAAAUGUUUAUGUAGCACCUAAGUUUAUUUCCUUAAAUGAAACUGACUUGGAUCUUUAAGUGCCUAUAUCAUAACUGU